UCUCAGUGCAAAGAGGGACGCAUGGGACAGAAGGGGGAGAAAGGCGAGUCGGUGAUGCCCGCUAACUGGGGAGAAGCUGUUGGACACAAGGGAGAUAAAGGACAGAAGGGCGAGGUUGGUCUCCAUGGACUAUCUGGCACCCCAGGAAAGGAUGGUCGAGCUGGAUCCAUCUGUGUGGUGGGACCCAAGGGACAGAAGGGUACCUCUGGAAAAGUGGGGCCCGAGGGACUAGCAGGAGAACCGGGAAACCCCGGACUUCCAGGAUUUCCAGGAAUUGGAAAACCAGGCCUACCAGGCACCCCAGGAGGACCACCUGGAUCGAAUGGAGAAAAGGGGGAUUCUGGGACACCAGGGAAAGAUGGAGAGCCAGGAGAUCCUGGUCCUAGGGGUCCUGGUGGCGGUAAAGGAGAUAAGGGUGACCCGUGUGAGUUGUGUCCCGUCCUGUCUGAAGACCUGGGCAACACUGUAGCCCUCCAGGGGAAGACGGGGCCCAAAGGAGAGCCUGGCAUAGGAGACCCUGGCCUCCCGGGUCUUCAAGGAUCAGAUGGGAAGGCGGGAGAGAAGGGAGAGGUGGGAUCGGAUGGGGUCAAAGGGGAAAAGGGUGACGCAUGUGCUGUGUGCCCCACCCUGGGUGAAAUACCUGCUUCCAACAUGGUUGCUAUGAAACAAACUCUGACACUCAAAGGAGAGAAAGGAGAACCUGGGCUKGGACAGAAGGGAGAACAGGGGGAGGCUGGACUCGUUGGCCUGGCAGGUCUAAGAGGAGAAAAGGGUAACGCUGGUGGCAAAGGAGCUGACGGUAAAACGGGCAAAACUGGACCCAGAGGACCUAGUGGCAAGGAUGGACUGAAGGGGAUAAAGGGAGAUGCAGGGAUUCCUGGUCUGGGAACUCCAGGUCCUAAGGGCGAGAAGGGUGCGUCGUGUGAGGUGUGCCAGUCUUCUCCCUCAGAGGUGGGCAGUGGGACGUCCAUUGUCAAGGUGCUAGCAGGUACGCCAGGUGAACCUGGCCUUCCAGGGCCUCCCGGGCUUCCAGGAGUGGGCGCCGAUGGCAAACAGGGUGUGCCAGGUCUUGAUGGUCUAAGGGGAGAGAAGGGAGACCAGGGUGAGCAAGGAGACCAAGGAUUGGCCGGAACCCAUGGAACCCCGGGCCUGCCUGGAGAGCCUGGUCGGAAUGGACUAACUGGACUGAAAGGAGAGAAGGUCAGUGUAGGUGGGGUGCAGGGAGCCAAGGGAGAGAGGGGCGACCCCGGAUCCCAGGAGAGGAACAGCAGGGAAACACGUAAGCAGGGCUUCCCGGUGUUCAGGGGCCUGUUGGACCUAAAGGAAGCCAGGUAG